AUGCUAUUUCAUAUUAAAUUAUGGAAUUUCUAUUUUUUCCCUUACCUCCACAAGAAAAAAAAUCCAUCGAUACAGCUCACCGAGAGCUCGUUCUCCUCGUGUGUGUAAUAACAGCACGUCAUCUCUUUUUAGCAUGUCAGAGUAUGUAUUGGACGAGAAGUACUGCGCAAUACAUGUUACAAAAUUAGAAAAAUCUCCCCUUUCUCUUUCCUCUCCCAUAAUUCAAUAUGCUUAUGCUCAUCUCUCUCCCUCUCUUAUAAACUUCUUACAUUUGAAAACUCAAAAGUAAAUCGCAAUGCCGCUCGUGAGUAAAUGAGCAAGAGAGAGAAAGCAAGAGUAUAUAAAAAAUUAUAAUUUAAAAAUUUUUUUUUAUAUAGAGUUGUAUUUACAAUAAGCGCUGCGGAGUAUUAAGCUGUAAUAAAAGAUUUUUGUGACUUGAACUGAAAAAAAAUAUAUAUAUAUAUUUACAUAAAAGUGCUACACGUUUGUGCGCACUUUUUAGAAUUUUAAAUAUUAUUAGAUAUAUCAAAUAAUAAAAAAAAAAAAUUUAAGAAAAAGAGACAACGGAAAAGUGAGAUUUCUUGUUAUAGACAAUUAAUUGCUUGCCAUUAAAGGUUAGCGUUGUAAUCCUAUAUUGUGUUUUCGACGAGUUCAAUUGAAAUUCUUUCACCAUUACCCACAUAUACCACCAACUUCAGCAACAGCAGCACAUUGACGACGUGUGCGCCGUUGGUGAAUCGGUGGACUCCAUGAUGGCUCUGCCCAUGAAUUCCCUAUAUUCCCUGACCUGGGGUGAUUAUGGCACCUCGCUGGUCUCGGCUAUACAAUUGUUACGCUGCCAUGGCGAUUUAGUCGAUUGCACUUUGGCAGCUGGCGGUCGUAGCUUCCCCGCUCAUAAAAUUGUAUUAUGCGCCGCUUCACCAUUUUUAUUGGAUUUAUUAAAGAAUACACCAUGUAAGCAUCCGGUGGUUAUGUUGGCAGGCGUUAAUGCCAAUGAUUUGGAAGCUUUACUGGAGUUUGUUUAUCGCGGCGAGGUGAGUGUUGAUCAUGCUCAAUUGCCGUCACUACUUCAGGCGGCCCAAUGUUUGAAUAUCCAAGGUUUGGCUCCGCAAACAGUGACGAAGGAUGAUUACACCACCCAUUCGAUACAAUUGCAGCAUAUGAUACCGCAACACCAUCAUGAACAAGACCAGCUAAUUGCUACUAUCGCUACUGCUCCUCAACAAACGGUUCACGCUCAAGUUGUCGACGAUAUUCAUCAAACAGGACAAAUUCUACAAACGACCACGCAAACCAAUGCGGCCUCCGGACAACAGCAAACAAUUGUUACCACAGAUCCCACUAAAGAUGUCAUACAACAAUAUUUGCCGGCCCGCAAACGUAAACCACGGGUUAAGAAAAUGUCGCCUACCGCGCCGAAAGUUGCUAAAGUUGAAGGCAUGGACACGAUCAUAAGUACACCGACUUCGUCACAUACUCAGGGCGCUGGUACUAUACAAACUACGCAACAGCAGCAGCAAAAUAUUGAAAAUGGCAAUGACGGACAAAUGAUUACUUCAACACCGAUUAUAAAAAGUGAGGUGACUAAAGUGGAAACUAUUGUUAUGGAUCCUAAUGCUCCUGGCGAAGUAAGCAUGACCACGACUUCAACAACUGCACCGGCCAAAACAGGCAAAAGGGCUAAGAGUACACCAGGUGGUGAAAAACCCCGCUCACGUUCUCAAUCCGAGCAACCAGCUACUUGCCCUAUUUGCUAUGCAGUCAUACGUCAAUCGCGUAACUUAAGACGUCAUUUGGAGUUGAGACAUUUUGCUAAACCGGGCGUUAAAAAAGAAAAGAAAAGUAAGUCUGGCCAACAAGUUGACAACACAUUAAAUUCCACCAAUAGCACUAUGCUUGCAUCUUCGACUAUUGCAAGUGACACUGGUACUGUGCUCGAUACCACAGACAAUGGCAAUAUCACUGCCAACUCAGUAGGUAACGAUAGCGUUGUAGGUAUGAUAACAACAGGCAGUGCGCCUGGAAAGAAAACUGCUACCGCUGCACCACCGGGUACUAGUAAUGUUUCUGGCACAUCAACUAUAACGACAACAACAGUUAGUUCUAUGCCGCAAGUGCAAUCGGUGCAGUCGUUGCAUACUCUGCAAACCGUGCAAGUUAAAAAAGAUCCUGAUGCGCAGCAACAGCAACAGCAGCAGCAGCAGCAACCGCAAACCAUAACCGUUACAACAACUAAUAAUGGACAACAGCAGCAGCAGCAGCAGCAGCAGCAGCAACAACAACAACAGCAGGCACAACAGCAACAACAACAGCAAGUACAGCAAGUACAAGUUCAGCAGCAGGCACAACAGCAACUACAACAACAUCAUAUUAUCGAUCAAUCGGGUAAUAUAACGACAACUACAACUACCACUACGGCAGCAGCACAACAGCAACAACAACAGCAGGCCCAGCAACCACAGCAAACGCAACAGAUUGUCACGCAAACGGAAAAUACCGACGGUACGACUUCGCUGUCAAUCGCUCAAGUGCAAACCUUACAAGGACAUCAAAUAUUGGGCAAUAUCAACCAGGUGAAUAUGACUGAAUAUCAACAGCAACAACAACAACAGCAGCAACAACAGCAACAGCAACAACAACAACAGCAGCAACAGCAGCAACAAAAUCAACAACAACAACAUGCCCAUCAUAGUACUAGUUUAGCAGAUAUAACCACCACCCCUGCUACACAUACAAAUAUAAUGGCGGCGACGACAUCCUCCCAUCAACAACAGCCUCCAGGUACUACGACAACCUUAGUCUUUGCAAACGCUGCUGGGGACUUGCAGCAUCAAGACAUAACAGAAGUCAUCGAAAUCGAUGAACAGCAUCAACAUCAACAACAGCAUACAACGCAACACCAUCAUUCACACCAUCAGCAGCAAGAACAUCAAGUUGUUAUUCAUCAUGAUCACUAUCAAACACAACAACAACAGCAGACUGGUGGCACACCUCACCUGAUGAGCAUACAAACACAAACGGCAGCAAGUGGUGAAGAAAUUGAUUCCGACCUUUUAGAGUACAAUAACAAUGGUACAGUUGGUCAUAUCGUUGAGACAGCUAUGGUGGCCGGUGAAGUGGAAGAUGUUGAGGAAAUCGUUGAAACCCAUCAUAUUAUACAGCAACAGCAGCAACAUCAUCAUCAUCAACAGCAUCAUGGCCAGCAGCAGCAUACAAUUGAAAUACCAGCACAAGUAGAAACGGAAUGUAUGGUAGUUGAUGAAGUGGGCGAGGGUGAAGUCGAGGAAGUCUAUUUACAAUGAAAAACUUUCAAAGAUAACAAAAAAAUAUUCAAUAUAUGUUUUUGAAAAUUUUUGAAAUUUUCUCAACUCUCGGUACAGCAGUAGUAAACACAUUUUUCAGAAAAUCUGAACUUAUCUUUCAAUAGGUGCUGAGCACUUAAUUUACCGCGCGCGGUAGGUUUAAGUUAUA